ACAUCAAUGCUGUUACAAGUUAAACAUAACUCGAUCUCCAACCAUGAACCACAUUUUGAUCUUCUUCAGCAUAAUUCUAUUCAGUGGAAAAAAUUGUUAUGCCUCAAAAACACCACCUGCAUAUCCUGCCAUUCUAAUCUUUGGUGAUUUGACUGUUGAUACCGGCAAUAACAAUUUUAUCCGAACAGCUCUAAAGAGUGACCACUUUCCAUACGGCCAAGAAUUUCCCAGUUGUACUGCCACUGGAAGGUUCUCAAAUGGACUGUUAGUUCCCGACUUAUUAGCAUCAUCUUUUGGUAUCAAAGAGUUUGUUCCACCAUAUUUAGACCCUAGUUUGUCAGUUGAUGAAUUACGUACCGGUGUCAGUUUUGCUUCAGCUGGAUCAGGAGUAGAUGAUCUGACGACCCUGACCUCUGGGGCGAUUCCGGUUUCAGUGCAGCUGGGGUACUUCAAGAGUUAUAAAGAAGUUCUUGUAAAUGCGGUAAGAGAAGAAGAGGCUAACAAGAUAAUCAAUGGUGCUUUUGUUAUGAUCGCUGCAGGAGCCAAUGACAUGAUUUUCAACUUUUAUGAUACACCAGCCAGGCGAUUCCUGUUUAACAUCACUGGCUAUCACGAUUUUUUGCUAGAGAAACAAGAAUCUUUAGUUAAGGAACUGUAUGAUCUGGGAUGUCGUAUACUUGCCGUAUCUGGCAUGGCUCCACUGAGAUGUAUACCAUUCCAAAUAACUGUGAAGCAUUCCAAGGGUAGAAAAUGCCUGAAACAUGAGAUUACAGAAACUGAAAUGUACAAUUCAAAGCUCAAGAAAUUGUCUCAAACACUACCAGCAUCGCUUCCUGGUAGAAGGAUAACGUAUCUAGACAACUACAAUCCAGUAAUGGACAUGAUCAAAAAUCCUCAAAAUUACGGCUUAGUAGAAACAAAUAAAGGAUGUUGCUGAACUGGUUUAAAAGAAACUGGGCACUUAUGUAAUGUUCACACACCAGUUUGUUCAAACCCCUCUGAGUACUUGUUCUGGGAUGCUAUUCAUCCAACUGAAGCAGCUUAUAGAUCGGCUGCCAAGACAAUUCUCAAACAGUUGCGCAAAUCUAAUUAAAGGACCAGAAGACGACAUAGGAAGACACUGCUAUCAGUGACGAUGUCUACUCAGUUCCAUUAGUUUCUUAUCUCUCUGUCUAAUCUUAUUGCAGUAGCAGCAUGUGUUUAUGUUCAAAUGAUAAAAACAAGGAUUGCUUAGUACAAAGUUACAAUGAAUUUUACGAGAACGCAAGUACUUACUUCACAGGGGAAGGAUAAUCCGUUAGCAACAUUGUUGCGAAAGACCUUCACUCAACAUAGUGGCAAUCACACUCCCUUUUCUCCAACGAGCAACUACUGACCUCCCCUGUUCCAAAAAAAAAAAAAAAAAACACACACACUCCUGCAAUGAAUCAUGAAACACA